UGUCUCUGGUCUAUGACCCAAACGCAAACCCAAACCCAAAGACCCACUAAUUAGUUUUUAAUGGUUAAAAAUUCGAUUAAUGGAAAACCCUAAUAAAUAAAAUAUCCAUUUCCCCUAGCUAUUCCAUUCUCAAAACCCUGACAAAACAAACCCAAUUUAAUUCAAAACCGUCUACAGUCGGACCACUACAGAGUGAGUUUAGAUAAUAGUCCUCCUCCUUCUUCUUCUUCCCGCCCUUUAGAGCCAUACAUGUAGUUACAGAGUAUACCUAAAAGGGUUUUUGAGAUGCUUGAGAGUUAUGCAGAAACUGUUGAGGAGAAGCCCUUCUGGCCCCGUUCUUUGCACUCUGGGUAGUCCUACUCUCGGUCCAUUUUCCUUCUGCAUCGAUAAAAGCUUUCUCUCGUUGGGUUUUAGGAACCCCUCUGUCUCUUUUUCUUUUUCUUCGUCUGUCUUCUCUAUGCCCGCCAUCUCUUCUUUUGCUAGCGGCUCAGCCUUUUCCGGCUCUUUUUCCAAGACACGUGCUUCUGCCAUUUCUUCUCGCUUCGCUGCCGCCGCUGCUGCUUCCAGAAACUGCUGCAUUUGCCGAUGCUCUUUCGAGAACAGGGCUCCGUUUCGGGCGUGGGUAGUGUGUAAGAACGGUCGACCCGGGUACAGGGCCGCGUGGCUGCGAACUGCCUCCGACGGUUCGUUGUCUACGGCUGCCGUGGACGGUACGAAGAAGUCGGAAAAGGGUUUAGAGUGUUUUAGUGACGAUGAAGGUGGAGAGGCCAAAACGGGUUCGCAGGAGAAGCUAGUGCGGUUGCAUAGGAGGCAAAGAGGCUCGUCCAGUGGUGGUGCUUUGACCGAUAACCCGGACUUGUUGACCAUUCCUGGUGUGGGUCCGAGGAAUUUGAGGAAGCUGGUCGAGAACGGGAUUUCCGGUGUUGCUGAACUCAAGCAAUUGUAUAAAGAUAAGUUCUUUGGAAAAUCUAGUCAAAAGAUGGUGGAGUUUUUGCAGAGUUCUGUAGGGAUCAUUCACCGUAUCCAUGCCGAGAGUAUAACUACUUACAUCAAAGAGAGUGUUGAUGAAGAUUUGAAGGAGGACGGUUCCAACUCGGAUGCGAUGUUAGGCCAGAAGAAACGACUUACUUUCUGUGUUGAGGGGAAUAUCAGCGUUGGAAAGACAACAUUCCUGCAGAGAAUAGCUAAUGAAACAAUUGAGCUGCGCGAUCUUGUUGAGGUGGUUCCAGAACCUAUUAAUAAGUGGCAGGAUGUUGGACCCGAUCACUUUAACAUAUUAGAUGCUUUCUAUGCUGAGCCGCAGAGGUAUGCCUACACCUUCCAGAAUUAUGUUUUUGUGACAAGGGUGAUGCAGGAGAGAGAGUCAUCUGGUGGUAUCAAGCCCCUCAGGUUGAUGGAAAGGAGUGUUUUCAGUGAUAGAAUGGUCUUUGUGCGAGCUGUUCAUGAAGCAAAUUGGAUGAAUGAGAUGGAGAUCAGUAUUUAUGACUCCUGGUUUGAUCCAGUUGUCUCAUGCUUGCCUGGGCUUAUUCCAGAUGCUUUCAUCUACCUUAGAGCAAGUCCUGAUACUUGUCACAAGAGAAUGAAGCUGCGGAAAAGAAACGAGGAAGGAGGAGUGACAUUAGACUAUCUCCGUGACUUGCAUGAAAAGCACGAGAGCUGGCUUUUCCCAUAUGAAAGUGGCAAUCAUGGGGUCUUAGCUGUCAAUAAGCUACCUUUACAUUCAGACAACUCUUUGCAUCCUGACAUUAGGGGGCGUGUAUUCUUCUUAGAGGGCAAUCAUAUGCAUUCGAGUAUUCAAAAGGUACCUGCUUUGGUUCUCGACUGUGAGCCCAACAUUGAUUUCAGUACAGACAUUGAUGCAAAGAGGCAGUAUGCUCGCCAAGUUGCAGAGUUCUUUGAAUACGUGAAGAAAAAGAAAGAAGAUGAACCUAUAAAUGCUAGUGAAGGCAAGAAGACCAAGCAACCUCAGAUAUUGCUGCCUCCUGAUGGCGAACUAUGGGUUCCUAAUAAGCAUUUUCCGGGGUCAGCCCUCAAAUCUCUGGAUUUCAGACGAGCCAUGUCGUUCCUGUCUGGCUAAAGCUAUUAUAUGCUAUCUAACCGUUUGAAGGUAUUUUAGUUCAUCUAAGGAGUGAGUGUGGUUGGGAGGGGGAGGGGGGGUCUUGUUUUGUUUAGGGAAGUUGUCUCUGAGUGAUGAUAUGUAUAUCUAAAGAUUCUUGUGCAUGUAUAAAAAUGUUUAGGUGUGUACCUUGGAGAUGUAGAGAAAUAGUUGUACGGUUUCCAAAGACUUAAAGACUUCUGGUUCUUCCUUUA